AUGGCGAACUCGGCAUCUGGGAUUGCGGUUAGCGACGAAUGCAAGCUCAAAUUCUUGGAGUUGAAGGCGAAAAGGAACCACAGAUAUAUCGUGUUCAUGAUCGACGACACGAAACAGCAGGUCACGGUUGAAAAAGUCGGCAGCAGCACCGAGACGUACGAGGAUUUCGCCCGGAGCCUUCCGGAAGGGGACUGCCGAUACUCGGUCUUUGAUUAUGACUUCACGACCGAUGAAAAUUGCCACAAGAGCAAGAUCUUCUUCAUUGCAUGGUCACCAGACACGGCAAAAGUUAGGACCAAAAUGCUUUACGCAAGCUCGAAAGAUAGGUUCAAGAGAGAGCUCGAUGGCAUUCAGGUCGAUUUACAGGCAACCGACCCAAGUGAGAUGAGCUGGGAUAUCCUCAAAGCAAGAGCUUAUUGA